AUGAUGCUGCUGAGGAUGCUGAGGAUGCGGCGGGCCGGAGAGGAGCGGGGGUACCCGGGCAGCGCCUGGGUGUGCUGCUGGCUGCUGGGCUGGCAGGCGGCCGCCCUGCAGCUGCCGCCCUGCCAAGAGACAGAUUACCACUUCGAGUACACAGAGUGUGACAGCAGUGGCUCCAGAUGGAGGGUGGCGGUCCCGAAUCCGUCCGUGGAGUGCUCUGGACUACCUGACCCUGUGAGAGGGAAGGAAUGCACUUUCUCCUGUGCCUCUGGUGAGUACCUGGAGAUGAAGAACCAGGUGUGCAGCAAAUGUGCAGAGGGGACCUACUCGCUGGGCAGCGGGAUCAAGUUUGAUGAGUGGGAUGAGCUGCCAGCAGGAUUCUCCAACGUGGCGACUUUCAUGGACACUGCGGUCGGCUCGUCUGAGGGUAAAGCUGACAGCUGCAACAACUCUUCAUGGACGCCUCGAGGGAAUUACAUAGAGUCAAACAGGGAUGAUUGUACAGUUUCUCUCAUCUACGCUGUGCACCUGAAGAAAUCUGGCUCUGUCUUCUUUGAAUACCAGUAUAUUGACAACAACAUCUUCUUUGAAUUUUUUAUACAAAAUGACCAGUGCAAAGAAAUGGAGUCCACGACAAACAAAUGGGUGAAGCUCACAGACAAUGGGGAGUGGGGCUCUCAUUCUGUAACUCUGCAAUCAGGAAGCAAUAUAUUAUACUGGAGAACAACAGGGAUUCUCAUGGGCUCCAAAGUUGUAAAACCAGUUUUAGUGAAGAACAUCACAAUUGAAGGAGUUGCGUACACAUCUGAAUGCUUCGCGUGCAAGCCUGGUACCUUCAGUGACAAACCAGGUGCGUCUGGCUGCCAGGUGUGCCCACGAGACACUUAUUCUGAGAAAGGGGCUAAAGAAUGCACCAGGUGUAAAGAAGAAAUGUAUUAUGCAGAGGAGGGAUCCAGUGUGUGCAUAGAGCGACCUCCAUGCACAAGCAAAGACCUUUUCCAGAUCCAUACCCCAUGUGAUAAGGAAGGAAAAACUCAGAUCAUGUACAAGUGGAUUGAACCCAAGAUCUGCAGAGAGGAUCUCCCUGAUGCAUUGACCCUACCUCCCUCUGGAGAGAGGCAGGACUGUCCACCCUGCAAUCCUGGCUUUUACAACAACGCCUCAUCUUCCUGUACUCCCUGCCCACCAGGCACAUUUUCAGAUGGCACACAGGAGUGCAGAGCCUGCCCUGCUGGGACUGAACCAGCUCUUGGAUUUGAAUACAAGUGGUGGAACAUCCUGCCCGGAAACAUGAAGACAUCUUGCUUUAAUGUUGGUAACUCCAAGUGUGAUGGGAUGAAUGGUUGGGAGGUGGCUGGUGAUCACAUCCAGAGUGGGGCAGGAGGCUCUGACAAUGACUAUCUUAUCUUGAGCCUGAACAUCCCAGGAUUUAAACCUCCAACAUCAGUGACAGGAGCAACUGGGUCAGAACUUGGACGGAUUACUUUUAUUUUUGAGACCAUCUGUUCAGCAGAUUGUGUAUUGUACUUUAUGGCAGAUGUUAAUCGAAAAAAUACCAAUGUGGUGGAAUCAUGGGAAAGAAGUAAAGAAAGACAAUCCUACACUCACAUCAUCUCCAAAAAUGCUUCCUUCACAUUCACCUGGGCCUUUCAGAGAAUAAAUGAGGGCCAAGAUAGCAGACAGUUCAUCAAUGACAUGGCCAAGAUCUACUCCAUCACGGUGACCAACGCAGUGGAUGGAGUGGCCUCUUCUUGCCGGGCCUGUGCCCUGGGCUCCAAGCAGUCUGGCUCAUCCUGUGUGCCCUGCCCUCCAGGACACUACAUCGAGAAAGAGACCAGCCAGUGCAAGGAGUGUCCGGCCAACACCUUCCUGUCCAUCCACCAGGUGUAUGGCAGGGAGGCCUGCAUCCCUUGUGGGCCUGGCAGCAAGAGCACCAAGGACUACUCUGCCUGCUUCAGUGACUGCCUGGUGUCCUAUGUCAAGGAUAACCAGAGCCUGAAUUACAAUUUUAGCAACCUCAGCCAGGUGGGCUCCUUGAUGAGUGGACCUAGCUUCACUUCCCGAGGGACCAAGUUCUUCCACUUCUUUAACAUCAGCCUGUGUGGGAAUGAGGGGAAGAAGAUGGCAAUUUGCACUGACAAUAUCACAGAUGUUACUCUGAAGGACAUGGUUGCAGAAUCAGAAGAUUUUUCCAAUUUUGUGGGAGCUUUUGUCUGUCAGUCCACCAUCAUCCCAUCAGACAGCAAGGGCUUCCGAACAGCCCUGGCUCUGCAGUCCAACAGCCUUGCUGACAGGUUCUUAGGAGCUACUGUUGAAACAACGCUGGAAAAUAUCAGCAUCAAGGCAGAUAUGUUUCCUCCCUCUCCAAGCAAAUUACCAGAUGUGCAUUUCUUUUACAAGUCUUCAACAGUGACAACCUCCUGUGAGAAUGGCCGUGCAACUGUUGUGGCAAUGAGAUGCAACCCCAACAAACCAGACCAAGGAGAGCUUUCUGUACCCAGCUCCUGCCCUGCAGGCACCUGUGAUGGAUGCACUUUCUACUUUCUAUGGGAAAGUGCAGAAGCUUGUCCCCUCUGUGCAGAGCACGACUACCACAAGAUUGAGGGAGCCUGCAAAAAAGGAUUUCAGGAAACUUUAUAUGUAUGGAAUGAGCCAAAGUAUUGCAUUAAAGGAGUUCCCUUGCCAGAAAAAAAGACCAGCACUUGUGAAACAGUGGAUUUUUGGCUUAAAGUUGGAGCUGGUGUUGGUGCUUUCACAGCCGUUCUGCUCAUAGCCUUGACUUGCUAUUUUUGGAAGAAGAACCAGAAGCUGGAGUAUAAAUAUUCCAAAUUAGUGAUGACGACAAACUCAAAAGAGUGUGAACUGCCAGCUGCUGACAGCUGUGCUAUAAUGGAAGGAGAAGAUAAUGAAGAAGAAAUAGUAUAUUCAAAUAAGCAGUCAUUACUGGGGAAGCUCAAAUCUUUGGCAACAAAGGAAAAGGAAGAUAAUUUUGAGUCUGUUCAACUGAAAUCUUCAAGAUCCCAGAAUAUAUGA